GGAGGAGUUUAACCCCACAUUGUUUGGGAGGAGUCCGCAGUCUCUUGCCGCUCCGUCCCGGGAUCGUUUGCUCGGAAGAUUUUGUGGAAGUAGACUCUUUAGUACAAGUGAAUGCCUACCUUAUGGCGGCAUUAGUUCAGUUUAUUUAAAUGUAAAAUGCUGCGAGGACGAAAAACACGUGAAUGCGGCGGGAGGUAGAGGAAACAUUAACCGGUGAGCCACACAACCAAGGGAUGAGUUUAUUUUGGGAAAUGAGGCACAUGUAAAAUCUACAUUGUGAGCAGGACUUUGAGAGAGUCCAGGAUGGGGAAUUCAGAGAGCCAGUACAGCAUUGAUGGUCCAAAAGGCACAAGCUUCAUCUUCCCAAGGAAACAAAAGCCGUAUUCACUGAAACUCGGCUCAACUAAAGUUGACGUUCCGUCCCCGCACACAUGGUGGAAAAACACCCCACUUAGCUCAGGGUACAAGGCAAGGUGUGUCGGUCAAGGCUGUUUGUCACCUCCUAGAAGCAGAAAGUCUUACUCUGCCCAACACUGUGACUAUGUUUGCAAAGGAGCGAGGGGCAGCACCGAAUAUCGCUGGCAUCGCUCCCCUGGAUGCGGCAUACGAAGACGACCUUUGUCAGACGAUUAUGAAGAGAAUCCGUACGGGGCUGAGCACAACGGGCACUCUCUGAAUGGACACGGUGACGAAAAGGAGGUUUUAGAGGAGCAGAGCAGUCCGAGAGUGGUGAUCAAGAAAGAUGGUACUCUCAGGGUUGAGUUCACAAACACCUCAGGAAACCCCUUACUCCUGGAUGAGGCCUCUGGUCCGGUCCAGCUACUCAAGUUCUCUCCAAAUUUAGACGCUACUUCCACUCCGAGCCUGCCUGCUUCCAGUGGCAGUAGGCAGGAUGUCCAUCGGGAAGGUCCACCACCAGCUUCUAUCACCUCCACUGCCAGGACCAGCAAGGGAAGCUCACUGAGCUCUGAAGGCUCCUGGUAUGAUUCCCCGUGGGGCCCCAGUACUGAGCUCUGUGAUCAGGACCAACCUUGCUCUGCUAGCAGGACAUUAAAGCAUUCCCCCAUACAUCAGCUUACCUCCUUUGCAGAACAGCCUGCCUCUCCAUCUAGUAAGGAGCUUUACAGGAACUCCACUAUGGCUUCUACCUUUCCUACAGCCAGUGACUUGUCUACCCAGUUACAGCAGCCUACGUCGGGCCAUAGGCCACACCGGGCCUCUCUUGCCUCUGUGCUGGACGUUCCUUUGGUGGAAGAAUGCUCAGAACCACGGCAGUAUUCAUCGUUCACCUUGCCUUGUCGCAGGCCCAAAGCCCAUACCAUCAGUUCAAAUAUGGACCAGUACCAAGACCAGGCACAGCAGCAGGAACAGACUGGGCAUGACGUUGUUUUCAAUAAAAAAGACUCCAUUAAAAACCGUAUUAGACGCUUCAGUGACUGGACGGGCAGCCUCAGCCGGAAGAGGAAGAAGUCCCAGGAGACCAGAUACAAAGACACAAGUGAGGCCUUCGACAGUGGUGUUGAUGGCCUGACUGCCGACACCAGCUCCCCCUCCCAGGUUUCCAGCCUCCUCUGGUUCCCCGGAGCCUCUAGAGCUCAGUCGUCAGGAGCCAUUCACCAAACAACCAGUGACGCUAUCCGCCAGAACAUCUACGAAAACUUUAUGAGAGAGCUGGAGACAGGAACCGGAACAGGAGGCGGAGAUAGGAGAGAUCCAUCGACUGGAACCGAAGAUGACGGGAGCAGCAGCGAGUCGGCCGAGGGCUCCGUGGAGGAGCUGGACCUUUUGUUUGCGAAGGAGCAGGGGGUGGUCAGACGGGCGGGAUGGCUCUCCUUCAAGCCCCUCAUCACCCUGCACAAGGACAGGAAGCUUGAGCUGGUGACCCGCCGCAAAUGGAAGCACUACUGGGUGACUCUGAAAGGAUGCACAUUGUUGUUUUAUGAAACUUACGGGAAGAGCUCGACGGAGCAGGAUCUGUCACCCUGCUACGCCCUCUUAGCCGAGGACAGCGUCGUUCAGGCUGUCCCAGAACACCCCAAGAGAGAAAACGUCUUCUGUUUGAGUAAUUCGUAUGGAGAUGUCUACCUGUUCCAGGCCAGCAACCAGACUGAUCUGGAGAACUGGGUGACGGCCAUCCACUCAGCUAGCGCCUCGCUGCUGGCCAAGCGGCAGGGAAAGGAGGACACGGUGCGUCUGCUGCGGAACCAGGCCCGCACGCUGCUGCAGAAAAUAGACAUGGACGGGAAGAUGAAGAAGAUGGCCGAACUCCAGCUGACCGUGGUCAGCGACCCCAAAAACCGCAAGGCUAUCGAGAACCAGAUCCAGCAAUGGGAGCAGAACCUUGAGAGGUUCAACAUGGACCUCUUCAGAAUGCGCUGCUACCUUGCUAGUCUGCAGGGGGGCGAACUGCCCAAUCCAAAGAGCCUGCUUGCCAUCGCCAGCCGUCCAACCAAAACCACUCUGGGACGCCUAGGAGUUUUCUCUGUGUCUUCUUUUCAUGCACUGAUUUGUUCCAGGGACGAGGCCACAGCCAGGAGGCGUUCGUUGUCAGUGACUUGCAGACAGAGAAAGAGAAGUCUUUUCUCCUCUCUUAAAGGCCUCGACAACCUGACAAAGAGGGGCUGGGAAAAGAGACCCUCUGUAGUGCAGGUCUUUGAGAGUGAUGCUGGAGGUCAGACAUACAACCUGCCUCCAAGACGUACCGAGACGCUCAACAUGUUGACCAGCAUCUACUCCAUGUCGCCACCCAAUGGGGGCAUUUGGGACAACAUCGCUGCUGCCUCAGACAUGCUGACCUGUGUCCGCAUGCCAGACGGCCUGACAGUCCAAGUUCCCAUCAGAAAACACCAGACAGCCUCUGACCUUCUUUGUGCAGCCUGCAAGGUGAAACAGCUUGACCCAGAUUUGCAUUGCAUCCGACUACACAGACAAGCUGGACAGGAUGUGGAAGUUCGAUCCCUGGCUCCUGGCGAGCUUCUCCACAAUGUGGUCUGGGAUCAGCUGGAGGUUGUCUCUGCUAAUGUGUUUACGCUGCAUAUGAGAAGGCCGAGCAGCGCUGCAGACUUUGGCUUUGCUGUAACAGGACACAUUGACAGCCAGAAAAACAGCAGGAUUUUUGUGAGCGAAGUGCUCCCCGAUGGGCUGGCUUGUGGUGAAGGUCUGCGUCCAGGCGACGAGAUCCUGGUGCUGAACGGCCGAUGUGUGUCACCUCUGGACCUGACAUUGAUCCAGACUCUGUUUGCUGAACAAUCCCUGGACCUGAGGCUUAGGCGGGAUGGCCCAACGCAGCCAGCCCGGGCUUUGGACUACACUGGUCCUCCAAACAAAUGCAGCCAAGAGGUCCGCAGCACACACCACCGAGCCAAGUCAUCAUCAGAUGUGUGCGCUGCAGCUGACGAUGGAGAAUCCCUGCGCAUAGGCCUGGAGAAUGAUCCUUCCCACUGCGCCCACAGGCUCGUUCAACACAGCAAGAGUGUGGAUACAGUGUGCACCAUCUACAAUUCCUACCAGGAGGGCUCAGCUGCAGGGGGCGUUAUGGAUGACUUGAAGGAAACACAAGGAGGCAAGUCGGGCUCGGGUCCCGCCAGAGAUGGCGUGCUGCUCAGACCUUGCCCCAAGCACAUGAGUGUCACUGAACGGCUGCGCAAGGUCAUCCAGGAGCUGGUGGACACUGAGAAGUCCUAUGUGAAGGACCUGGGCUGCUUGUUUGACAUCUACCUUAAACCAUUGCAGAGUGAAACCUUCCUCACACAGGAUGAGAUGGAAAGUUUGUUUGGCAGCCUUCCUGAGAUGCUGGACUUCCAGAGGGUCUUUCUGCAGACCUUGGAGGAGAGGAUCCCCUCCAAGCCAGACCUCAGCACCCUUGAGACGCCCUCGCAGUUUAAGAAGCUGCUGUUUUCUCUUGGGGGUUCGUUCCUCUACUAUGCGGACCACUUCAAGCUCUACUGUGGCUUCUGUGCAAACCACAUCAAAGUCCAGCAGGUCUUAAAGAAAGCAAAGACGGAUCAGGCCUUUAAAGAAUUCCUGGAUGCAAAGAACCCCACUAAGCAGCACUCUUCCACCCUGGAGUCGUACUUGAUUAAACCGGUGCAGAGGGUGCUUAAGUACCCCCUGCUGCUCAGAGAGCUGGUCUCACUUACUGACGCGGACAGCGAGGAGCACUACCACCUCACCGAGGCUCUGAAAGCGAUGGAGAAGGUGGCGAGCCACAUCAACGAGAUGCAGAAGAUCUAUGAGGAUUUUGGCUCUGUGUUUGACCAGUUAGUCGCGGAGCAGACGGGCCACGAUAAAGAGGUCACAGAGAUUUCCAUGGGUGAGUUUCUCAUGCAUUCCUCAGUGGUCUGGCUCAACCCUCAUCCAUCGCUGGGUCGCAUGAGAAAAGAUCCUGAAAUGACUGUAUUUGUCUUCAAGAAAGCUGUGAUAUUGGUAUACAGGGAAAACUACAAGCUGAAGAAGAAAAUGAUUAAUCCUCGUUCCGGACUUUGUCACGGAGAUUUAGACCCGUUUAAGUUCCGGUGGCUCAUCCCGCUCUCUGCACUGCAGGUCAGGCUGGGCAACACUGCAGGAACAGGCACGGAAAGCAGCUGCAUUUGGGAGCUGAUUCACUCCAAGUCUGAAGUGGAAGGUAGACCGGAGACAGUCUUCCAACUGUGUAGCAGUGUGCCGGAGAACAAGGUCAACAUCAUCAAGGUCAUCCGCUCCAUUCUGAGGGAGAACAUCAGGAGGAACAUGAAGAGCGAGGGAACAUUGGAGAGGGGCUGCAAGGAGCACUUGGUGCCUCUGCACAAAACGUUGCCUUCCACCGCCAAACUAGGAUCCUCCAGGGCUUCCUGGUUGUGUAAGCAGCCACUUGAAGUCUCCUUCCAGGCUGGGAAUCCUAAGUUGGGGCCAGACUCAGAUGAUGGAAGCCUAAGCAGCGGAACCUACAGUUUUUCUGGGGCUCCUCCAGUUUGCAUCUCUUCUGACGCUCAGUCCUCCACUGUUCCCCAAAACUGGUCUCAAGCUCAAAAGUCUGACUCACAACCUCGCUCCACCUCCGUGAAGGAGUCAGACAUUUUAAGUGAUGAGGAUGACGAUGGAUUUAGCGAAGGGGGCACAAGAAGGGACAGUGGGGACAGCAGUUCCCCAGCAAGUGCCAUCGAAGCUCAGUUCCUCCAUCUCAAGCUGUCGGAAGAUGCUGUGUCAAAAUGCAUUCUGGCGCCUUGUGUACAACCGGAGGGAAUCGGGGACACUCCUGAGAUCAAACACAAGCUAGUGCAAAGACAAAGUGGUGUUAGGAGAAAAAACUACAGUCUGAGGAAGAACCAGGGGACACUGUUACACAUGAAGCAGCAGAACAGGCCAUUGGAUGGUCAGACUGAUCCAGCAUCACCAUGUGGUGUUGUAGACCUCAACACUCUGCUGGAAAGAGAGUUCAGCGUCCAAAGCCUGACAUCUGUAGUGAACGAAGACUGUUUCUUUGACCGAGCUGAAAGCUGUGCCACAGACUCUGGAAAUACCAUGUCUACCUAGAGUCCAACAUGGACAGAAUAGCAAAAAACUGAGCCACAGAUAAGUGGUCAUAAAGAUGAGAGGGGGUGUCCAUAGCCCCACGAUAUUAAGUGGGGAAACCCCUGUGGCUAAAAGCAGUUACUGCCAGGAUGGGUGUGAAGCUUUGCCUGAACUCUCUUAAGUCUGACACGCCACCACAGCAGGUGAGGUGUAAAUGAUCUCUUCGCUGCCAGACCAGGUUUUUCCUCCUGAAGUGGUGAGGCAAGACAAUUUCUGCCCCAUUGAUGACUGCAACAAAUCCACCAAGCACUGAUGUUGUGUGCAAGCGUUUCGACUUUUUCAGCUUUACCUUUUUCCCCCCCGCAUACCAUCUAAAAGACUUGAUACAUUCCCCUCCUCUCCACAUCUCAGGCUGAUUGGCAGGUUUGAUUUGAUUUUUGACCUUUUCUUUAACAAGAAAAUGGGGAGAAUGUCCUCGACUGUCAGUUACAGAGAAGUGCUGACAGAGAGGGUGAGCUCCACAGUGUAUACAUAGUGACAGGGUACGGAGAAAGAAUCAAGUUUCCUAUGCAGGCGCUGUGAUUAUUCAGACAGAAGGUUUCCACAUGAGUUCAUAUUGCCUGAUACAUUUACUGUAAUGUAACCAAACGCUUUAGAUCACAGGGGCAAAUUUAAUUUAGGUGACCAUAGAACUUAUGAGCUGCACAGGUCAAACAUUUGGCCCAAAUAUAAAAACUGCAAACUGAUAUACACAACUAAGCCUUUUUGCUGUAUUUCGUGCACUAAAGUACACUGUUUGCCUAUAUAUUUGAAUUAUUUUUUUAACUGUACAGGUUCUGAUGUUUAUUACUGAUGUUUUAAGUUAUUUUUACGAUUAUUAUCUUGGCUGAGAUGUUUUUGGGUUAAGGCUUGAACUCUUGGCUACAGAUUUUGUCAACUCUUGAAUUAAAGAUGCUAAAGUUUGCUGUUUUCUUCAUUUUUUCAAUGCAUUUGUUUGGAUUCGGUUGUGUCACUGAUGAUUGUUUGAAUUCCUAUGUUUAUCAUGUUUAAUUUUUUCUAACAUUUCUGCAUAUGGCAUUUGUGACACUGUACGGUUAAGAAAUAUGGCAGGAAUUCGCAAUAACUUUGCUGAUAUUUUUGUAGAAACUUUGCUGUAGAGUUAUGUACAUUUUGAGGUACUAUAAAAAAAAAAAAAGCAGCCAACUCUGUGCAGCUUUACCAUGCCUUUAAUGCUAGUAUACCAAUGAAUGUGAAUGCUGUAUUCUUAUGGAAAUGUUUCAUAAAUAAAAGUUUCAUUUAUGAAUGACA